GUAGCUGGUCGGAAUGAUUCAAGUCGCGGGUUCGCGACAGCUGUAAUAUCAGACUGCAGUAAUUCUGCACGGGGUGAUCGUUUAUUUAAAAUAUUUUUUUAUGAAAGGGUCAUGGAGUGACACUAUUUAAAUACACAUUUGUACACGUUUAUUAAAAGGGAAUGCCGCAAAAACAAGCUAUAUUUUCGGUGUCGCGUUUAGGACAUUGUGUACGACGUGUUUUCUGUUUUAACAUUUCUAUUAAUAGGCAAUUUUUUUAACCUCGAUUUGAUGUUUUUCUAAAAUGACUAUGAAAGGGCCCUCUUCUCCAGUCUCUUGCCGAAGUAAUAACGGGGCGAAAAGGUUAUUGUGGUCACUUAUUGGUGCAUGCCUUGUUGUUGCAGUCAUCGGAUACAAACCAGUGGUUAUAGUCCAUGGCUUGUUCGACAGCUCCUGGGAAUUUGGAGAGUUACUUCGCUUCAUUAAUGAGUCUCACCCAGGAACCAACGUGUCAGUCAUCGACCUGUUUGACCGCAGCGCCAGCCUUAUGCCGCUAUGGAAACAAGUGGAGGGCUUCAAGGAAGCCAUUUAUCCCAUCAUGCAAAACGCUGCAGAUGGCGUUCACUUCAUUUGCUACUCUCAAGGCGGACUCAUCUGCAGAGGGAUCCUGUCCACUCUACCAGAUCACAAUGUCCACUCGUUUAUCUCCCUGUCUUCGCCUCAGGCUGGACAAUAUGGAGAUACAGACUACCUCAAGUACAUAUUUCCUGAGUUCAUGAAGUCCAAUCUGUUUCACUUUUGCUACACCGCGGUCGGUCAGAGGAUAUCCAUCUGCAACUACUGGAAAGACCCCCAUCACACGGACAUGUACAUAAAUGGCAGUGAUUAUCUGGCUUUAUUGAACAGUGAGAGGCAAAAUCCCAAUUCAACAGUCUGGAAAAAAAACUUCCUACGCAUCAAGAAACUGGUUUUAAUUGGCGGGCCAGACGAUGGAGUCAUCACACCCUGGCAGUCCAGUCAGUUUGGAUUUUAUGACAAAAACGAGACUGUGGUUGAAAUGAAAGAGCAGGAUUUAUAUUUGAGAGAUUUGUUUGGCCUGAAGACCCUGGAUGCUCGUGGGGACAUGUUCCUUUGCUCUGUGGCAGGAGUAGAGCAUGUCAAAUGGCACUCCAAUGACACAGUGUUCAACAGCUGCAUUGUGAAGUGGCUUGUCUAGAGCAGAAUGCACCAAACAACACGGCGGUUCAGUUUCCCAGGCACAGAUUAAUCCUAGCACAGGACUAAAGAUUUCUAUUGAAAAGUUGGUUGGUCCAGGGCCUGUGUCUGGUCAUUUUAAUACAAUCAUAACAAUGCAUCAUUAUCACCUGUACAGUGUGAUAUGUUUAUAUUUCCACUGUGUGUGAUAUUUUCAUCUGCAACACAUUAUGAACUACUUAAUGUUCUUACAUUUCUGUGAAAAUAAUUGCAACUGUCAUAAUAUUUUAACCCAGAUGUAACUAGACUGGUACAUGUAUUAUUUUUUUUUUUACUCCGCCUACAUCAGAACGUACCACAAAACAGUGCCUGAGUGACAUCCUGUAAUAUUUGCAGAACACUGCCCAGGUCCUCUCAUUGCUAGAGUGACUUCAACCUUUGGUUUUAGAUUGUAACAAAUGUCUUUUUAACCCUCAUGGUGGUCAUUGCUGUUGCUGAGGUACUCGGUCAACCUUUGCAGUAGAAAUCAUGCCUUAUGUUUGGUAGAAUGUUUCCUAGGUGACUGUGUUCCAUUACUCCAAACCAAAGUACUGCCAAAAGAGAGUACUCAAAAAAAACAAAAAAAAGGGAGUGGAGGAAAAAAGGAACAACAUAUUAAAAUGAUAAAGAGGAGUAUGAAGGGAUGGAAAAGGCUAAAUGGUGGCAGUGCUGUUUUGACAUUUACCUGCACCUAACCAUGAUGUAUUGACAUACCCAUACCUCUCAUUGUAUUUAGAUAUCUCAGGCGUUUGAUCAAACCCAGAAAGGGAAUGGUUUAUUUUUAUCAAGUGUUUGUUAUACCGGGUGUUUUUAAUGUGAGUGUAUGAAAAGGGGAUUGCCUUUGCAACUGCUACUUGUUUAAGGAAGAGCAGGUUCCUAAGGCAGACAUGCAGUCUCUUAAGGCAGACCAUGAUUGGGAUGUAUUUAUUGGAAAAAGAGAAACUGUUGACAUGCAAUGUGGCUUUGACUAAAUUGAGUCUGUAUCAGUCUGUUCACUGUAUUCCCAUGAGGGCAGGUUUUGUCGGGACUGGAAACACUUAAGCCACUUCCUCUCUGAGAACUAGAUGUUGAAUUGAAAUUACUAUAAGUAGUCUAAAACUAGGGAUUAUGUAUUUAUGUACAAAUAUUUGUAACAUUGUUGACAUUGAAGUAUUGUGUUAAUGUUUAAUAUUAUUGUCUCUUUCUGGUGUAUAUUGUGCUUUUGAGAUCCAUUUGUAUGCAUAAAUCAAUAGUAGAUUACGAAAGAGAAACUGUUCACUCUUGAAUUAUCUAUAUCAGUGUACUUCAACUCCAGUCUGAGUACUCAAACUGCACCAAUUUCUGUUGUUGCCCAGGACAAAAUCACCUGAUUCAACUCACUCAAGGGCUUUAUGAUUAUUAGUUAAGUUGAAUUCAGUGUGACUGUCCGCAUCUACAACAAACAAUGUUGUGUGUACAUUUAAGGCAUUUAGUAGACACACUCGGAGCAAUUUACAGUUAUAAGCAUUUUCAUUCUGGCCCACCACCGGAAUCUCCCUUACAAUCCUUGCUUUGCAAGUGCUUUGCUCUACCAACUGAGCUACUGGAGAAACAAUUGGGGUGUUUUGCAGACACAGAUAAAGCUGAGUCCGGGGAAACAAAAUCAAGAUGAAUGCAGAAUGUCCACUGAAUGUGAUUUUUGUUUUGUAUAGGACUGUGCUUAAUCUGUGUCCAUAAAACCAGCCUUAGACAAACAUAUUGAAAAUGGAGCACAAUUGUCAAAUUCUGUGAAUAUGUUUAGCAUCAUAAUCUGGCACAGCUGGCUCAUUUAGCUGUGUAUUGUACAUCAUUAUGAAGAUUUUAGGAUAUUACAUACUACUAUCCCAUGACCAUACCUGUAUGAAAUGUUAAAUCGCUUCAAUAAGGCUCCAUUGAGGAUGUUGAUGAACCUUUUUUGUGUGGUUAGUGUGAAUCCUUUGAUUGCUCUGUAUCUACAAAUCGUUUUGAAUCCCUUAUUAUAAUAUCUGUUGUGGCGCUUCUAUCAUCUGAGUUAGAAUACAAAAAGCUGCUCCAUUAUGUGCAAUUGUGGUUAAGCUUGCAACAAUCUGUCAAGCAGAUGCAGCUUUCAAAGCUAAUUAUAUAAUUUAAAUGUUACAUUUCCUUUUUAUAACAGCUUGUCAAACAAGGUUUCAGGAAACAUGUAGUUUUAUGAAUGAUGCCACUGAGAUUGCACCGGCCAUUUGAGAUAUUGCAUGUGACUAAUUACAGUCGAUUGCCAUAAAGUACAAAUGUCUUCAGCUAACUUUCCAAUCUUUGCACUCCUCGUAAUUGGCAUGUGGCAUGGAGCACAGGAAAAGGAAUUUAAUGUGGGGAGACUGUCACCAAGGCUACGUAGCGGUUAUGUAGACUGAUCUAUUGUCCCCCUUAAGUUUUUAUAAUGGGGGACAACAGAGUUUAAAAUGUAUCAGGGCUUACAUUUUAAAGCCAUUUAUAAAGUUAAUUUGGGGAUGUACCUUAAGUCAAAGCAUUGUUGACCCUGUGACCAAAACAUUUUUAUGGCAGUAUUUAACAAGGCUGCUCAUUUCUGUUGUAUUUUUCCACUGAACUUUUCACAGAUCUUUUUCAGAGUUGGUCUGAUUGGACAAAUGAAUUGGGAUGUGGUGUAAAUGUACACUUACACAUCUUAACCUACAUUUAGAUGUUCCAAUAUUUUCUUGGAUUUUGCUAAAAGACAGACUUUACCAAUGUGCUUUAAGAUUUAUAUUCUGAAUAAUUAUAGUUUAAAGCAGAAGGAAUAUUGUGAAGUCGUGAACUUUGUAAUGUGGAAAAUAAAUUACUUUUCCAAAUGUG